CUCCUCUCCUGAAAAUUUCAGCCCCCUCCUUUCUCUUCUCAUCUUCUUCUAUAUUUCUAUCCUUGUAGACCCAAACUAAGGUAGAAGAAGGGGCAAAAGAACCCCAAUUCAUUGGCUCUCAAGCCAUGUCUGACCCUACACUGCUUCCUCCAGGCUUUCGGUUCCACCCUACAGAUGAAGAGCUCAUCCUUCACUACCUGAGGAACCAAGCAGCUUCGCUGCCAUGCCCUGUUUCGAUCAUCGCCGAGGUCGAUAUCUACAAGUUCGAUCCAUGGGAACUUCCUGCUAAGGCGAUGUUCGGUGAUCGAGAGUGGUACUUCUUUAGCCCGAGGGACCGCAAGUAUCCGAACGGCAUGCGGCCCAACCGGUCAGCCGCAUCUGGGUAUUGGAAGGCAACCGGGACCGAUAAGCCGAUACGUCUGAGCAAAGGCAAUGAGAAUAUUGGUGUCAAGAAGGCCUUGGUGUUUUACAAGGGUAGGCCACCUAAGGGAGUGAAGACUAAUUGGAUCAUGCAUGAGUACCGCCUUGCUGAACCUGAGAACAGCAAUAGGUACAAGCCCAUGAGGAUUAGAGACUCUUCCAUGAGGUUGGAUGAUUGGGUCCUUUGCCGAAUCUACAAGAAGAGCAACCAUCUCCCACCGGUGCCGCCGCUAAUAGAUCGAGAACAAGAAGACUCAGGCACCGAAGACAAGUACUACUCAAAUUUAACAAACAUCACACAACAGAACCCUCUAAGGCUGCCUAAGUCUUCCUCUCUUUCUGAAUUGCUUGAAGACUACUCAUCAAUCGCACACCUAUUCGACAACCAGCCUGAAAUGCCAGGAUCAUCAGACCAUGGUUCAAUUAUGGGUCAGCCAAGUUCAAACCAACUCUUCGUUAAUAACAGUGGCAAUAACAACUUAGUUCAGCAGCUUCACCAAGCUGAGCCUUCUGCUCCAAAUUCUGAGAACUCUUUAAAGCGCCAGAGAAUGUGGGACAUUCACUCAGAGGAGAACAAUGGGCUCUUGAACCAUUUAAAGAAGCGCAAUGAUUCAUUCAUUUACCCCGACUUCUCCAACCAGUUUGACACCCCAAACUGCAACUUGCUAAACCAGCCAUUCUUCAGUCAGCAAAUGUUACUGAACUCUCACUUGGGAUUGCACUGAACUCAGACACACUACACUUGCAUGCAAAGUGAAAAGAGAAUGGAAACAACUGAAAGAUAAUUUGUGAGUGAGAUGGGCCGUUUUUUAUUUAGAAACUGUCAUGUCUCCAAGAGGUUGUGGACAGAGAUCCAAUAGGAGGUAUGGAAUGUGGCAUGAAAGGGAAUGCCCUUGAGAGAGCUUGGUGUUAGAUGCACUUAAUAAGAUCACAAAAUUCUUUAGGAGAAUGUAAUGGGACUUAAGAGGAUUGCUUUUGUAGGUAUCAUGUGACUUGAAAUGGAUGCUUGACUUUUCUUCA